AUGUUGUCGACGGACGGGGUCGGGAGGCUACGCAAGACGACCAGCCACAUGUCGCGGGCCGGGGAGCCAGGAGGGGAAGUCCUGGAGGAUGGACAGGCAGCUGCGGGUCUCGGCGUAGACAGCGGAGUGGCUGGUGAGGCCCAGGUAUCCAGGCCUGCCGUCGACGGUGUUGAGAGGCGCAACGGGAUCCUCGGGAGUCCGCAGCGCGGGAGCAGCAUCUGCAGCAGGCUGGCUCAUCAAGGGCAGAUGGCGGCGGGACCGGCCGGCAGACGCUUCCGACGAGCUCGAGGAUGCGGCCCUGCUCGGCGUUGCAGCCCGCCGAGAACGAGACGGCCUCGAGCCGUGACCGGCAGUGUACUUGUAGGUGCAGUCGCGCUGCUGGUUCCUGAAGGUGCACCGCAUACACACAGGCUGGCCAUGGCCACAGGCGACCUUGCGACGGCGGCAUGGAUCGCAGGCCUGCGGCCGGCCGUUGGGCCGCCGGGGGAGAGUGUCGUACGGACGCAUGCGCAUCCGUCAGCGGCAAGCGAGUGA